CUCUCUAUUACUUCCGUUUGUUCACUGUUGCUAUUUUUGUAUGUCUGAUCCGAUGCUGGUUUUGGGUUUGUGAUGGCUGGGCUGGGUUAUUUUGGUUCUCGAGAAAAUGUGGGAAUCAUAUGUGAAAUUGACGUUUUCAAUAUGAGGGUUGUCAUUUCUUCGGGGCUGAAAUGCUCGAAACCUUCACUCAAUUCAGCUGGAUUAAACCGUUUGGUUCAGUUGGCUUGAGCAUUAUGAUCUUUUCCCUUUUGUUUAGAGAAGGAGGAACUUGGAGAUGUCUAAUGAUGUGGAGAAUCCUGGACUAAGUGAGACCACUAAAGGUCCAGAACUGUCUUCUUCCUUGAAUGAUAAUCAAGCAACCUGGUAUAAUGGCUUGCUCCAGCGAGCUUCGGUCUAUGGCAUUGCUGCUGGAUACUGCAUUUCAGCAUCUUUGCUCUCCAUAAUUAACAAAUGGGCUGUGAUUAAAUUUCCUUAUCCCGGGGCCUUAACUGCAUUACAGUAUUUCACAAGUGCAGCAGGUGUUCUCAUUUUUGGGUGGUUAAAGUUCAUAGAGCAUGACCGGCUUGACCUUCUGACAAUGUGGCGGUUUGUACCAGCGGCUACUAUAUUCUACCUUUCUCUCUUCACCAACAGCGAGCUUCUGCUUCAUGCUAAUGUUGAUACCUUCAUUGUCUUUCGUUCAGCUGUCCCAAUGUUUGUUGCAAUUGGCGAGUCCCUCUUCUUGAGCCAGCCUUGGCCAUUAAUGACAACAUGGAUAUCUCUCGCUACCAUAUUUGGGGGAAGUGUGCUUUACGUCUUAACAGACUACCAGUUCACAUAUAUGGCUUAUAGUUGGGCCUUGGCUUAUCUUGUGAGCAUGUCAGUUGAUUUUGUUUAUAUUAAGCACGUGGUUAUGACCAUUGGUUUGAACACAUGGGGUCUCGUGCUUUAUAACAAUCUUGAGGCCCUCCUCCUGUUUCCUCUGGAAUUGCUUAUCAUGGGGGAAUUCAAUAAAAUAAAGCAUGAUGUUGCAGAUGAGUCAGACUGGCACUCUUUUCAUGUAAUUUUGCCCGUAGCCUUAUCUUGUAUAUUUGGUGUAGCAAUCUCUUUCUUUGGGUUCUCAUGCAGGAGGGCAAUUUCUGCGACGGGAUUUACUGUGCUUGGUAUAGUGAACAAGCUACUUACAGUUGUAAUCAAUCUGCUUAUUUGGGACAAACAUUCCACAUUCGUGGGGACAGUCGGCCUUCUCAUUUGCAUGUUUGGUGGGAUUAUGUAUCAGCAAUCUACAAGCAACAAGCCUAAAGCUGUGAAAGAAGCAAAAAUGCACGAGAGUGAGGAAGAACAACAUAAGCUGCUUGAAAUGCAAAGCGACGUAAACAGCCACGAUAGUAGCAACAACAACAAUAAAAAGGAAGUCAUUGAAUCGAAUGAAGAAAAAUGAGAGAUCUAUUCUGAAGAAGAAUCAUCUUCUGGACCUCUGGUGAGAUGUCAAAUUGGAUUAGUUGGGGGCUGUUUUUAGAUUGGUGUGGAGGGGAAUUUCUAUUGAAUGGCCUUUACAGCCUCUUACUAUAGUUAAAAAACCUGAAUUAGGACUGAGGCAGAAAAUGGGUCAAAUUGAGCAUUAUUUGACCUGAAGAAGACCUUUUUCUCCAUUCCUCCAAAUAUCCAUCAUAUUUUACAGAUCUAACAUGAGCUUUUGGGUCAGUAGAAGAUAAAACCAUCUUCUUUUCUUUUCUUUUUUGUUGAGAAGUGCUUGUAGGAGUACAAUUCAUUAUGUAAGUUCAUAUUGAUGCAAUGACAAGAUCCAAAACUUCACCGCUCUUUGUUUCACUAGAAAUAUAUUUUGAGUAUUAGUUCUAAUUGCCAGCAUUUGCUAAUUGUAGCAAUUU